CGGGAUAAUUUGUCGUAAUUGCUUGUAACGGUAUAGCGGAGACGAUUUAUUUUGUCAAAUAGAUGGAAUAUACAGAAAACUAUGUUUGUUCGCUCGGAACGAGUGUUGAUCUUCACGCUCGGUAUUUCUACUUCUCGUUUUGCCUUUUCUUCUACCUCUUCCCUUUUUCCUUUUGCAGUUAUAAUUGCAUUGUGGAUUUUACCAGACCACGUAGUGCGAGCGGGCGAAUUAUUACGAAUGUAUUUAAAAUGUGCGACGUGGAGAUUUUUUUCACAGCAAAUUAUAUCCUGUUUCACGCGGGAAGAAUUGCGAGAUUACUUCAAAGUUGAUAACACCGUCCUAUUCUUACCGCCACUGCUAUAAAUUAAGUGGCACUUAAAAUGCGCGAACAAAGAUGAGUGGAGGGGGUGUUCAUGUUAAAAGUAUAAAUAAACACUCGUUUAAUCUAAAGAUGACGUGCGAUGAAAAAAGAUUGGUAAUAUGAUGAGAGGAGAAGAGGAAGCGAGAUAAAAUGGGAAACAAGGUCUCCAGAGAGUUGGGAAAAUGUGGAGGGAGCAGCCCUGCGGAAGGAGGACGAGGGGUGAAUUCCUCGACCAAAGCUCGCCUUGUAAUAUCGCGAAAAGUGUUUGUUCAGCUCAGCCGAGGCUCUCCUUCGAAGCUUACUCGUGCUUCCAAUGUUCAGCGAUCCCCGUCCCUCAGAACAAACGGUUUCGGUUUUUCUACGGUAUCCGAAAUACCGUCUAUUACUUAUGAGGAUGAUGGCGAGUUGGAGAGUUCGGAAUGUGGAAUUCAGAGCGGUGGAUACAGGGCCUAUAAUAUUGAAAAAACGAGAAUAAUGAAGAUUGCCGUUGAUUCAGUUCUCGUCUGCGAUACGAAAUGAAAAUAUCUUCUGUUUGCCAAGUGGCAAGAAGAAGCAAGGAGCCCGAUUCACCUGGCUCGUUGGUUCGGGAAAAACGAGAUUUGUUGGAGAGAAAAUGAUGGAAAACGAAAUGGAAACGAAAUGGAAACGAAAUAUAGAAACGAACCUCGGCAUAUAUACUCCUACCGGCUGCUGCUUCAGGAUAGCAAACCACGGCCCGCGGGAGACUCGACGCAACGUAAAAUAUAAAUGAUAUCGCCCUAUGCAAUGCAAAUAAAACGUAGAACCGUUGAAGGAACGAAAAACUCUUGACGUCCACGGUUAAUUUGAUGAAAAAACAUCAGAGGAACCAGCCUGAGAAAGGCACGCGAGUCGCGCAGCAAUCUGCAUACGAUCAUAUUCAAAAAUAAAAAGAUGUUACGUCUAUACGUAUGUCAUAUCUCUACAUUUUUUCCAACCCCUCCCCCCCUCCCCUCUCGCUCUUUGCACACGAAUUUUCCAACUACAAACUUAUACGUAUACUUCGUACAGGUAUGCAUGAAUACAUUCAGGGUGUAGCGUUAAUUGCAUAAUUCUACAGAAGUGUUGAUCUGGCAAAAACGAAAAAAAAGCAAAGAAAUGGAUUUACCGGAAAUUAAAUUUCGG